AUGUUGACCCAGUACAACCUAGGACACACUCCCCGCUCCAUGACCCAGUACACCCCAGGCCACACUCCCCGCUCCAAGACCCAGUACACCCCAGGACACACUCCACGCUCCAUGACCCAGUACACCCCAGGCCACACUCCACGCUCCAUGACCCAGUACACCCCAGUACACACUCCACGCUCCAAGACCCAGUACACCCCAGUACACACUCCACGCUCCAUGACCCAGUACACCCCAGGACACACUCCCGCCAAGACCCAGUACACCCCACACACUCCACGCUCCAUGACCCAGUACACCCCAGGCCACACUCCACGCUCCAAGACCCAGUACACCCCAAGACACACUCCACGCUCCAAGACCCAGUACACCCCAGGACACACUCCCCGCUCCAAGACCCAGUACACCCCAAGACACACUCCCCGCUCCAAGACCCAGUACACCCCAAGACACACUCCCCGCUCCAAGACCCAGUACACCCCAGGACACACUCCCCGCUCCAAGACCCAGUACACCCCAGGACACACUCCCCGCUCCAAGACCCAGUACACCCCAGGACACACUCCACGCUCCAAGACCCAGUACACCCCAGGACACACUCCACGCUCCAAGACCCAGUACACCCCAAGACACACUCCACGCUCCAUGACCCAGUACACGCCAGGAAGGACUACUGGUCUGAGAGAUCUCACACUCGAAAUUUCAACUCUAGAAAUCAGAGAUGAAACACCGGCAGGAACCUGA